UGAAUUAACAUGACUGGACACCUCCAUUACAGUCCUUACGAAAGCUGGAGCAUGCUUUCAAAUGUUUUUAGGUAUCAGGUGUUUCUAUCCCAAUGGCCGAUUACUACACUCAGGAUUAUGGAGCACCAGUGGAGUAUAAUAAUUCAGAAGCUGGUUACGGGUCCACCACUCAGCCUGCUGCAACAGGCAAUGGCGAAUACAACCAGUUUUCCUAUGACCACAUGAAAGAUGAGGAUGAUUAUCAAACAGGUGCUAUGCGCAGUGAUAGGAGACCACCAUCGCCCCAGUCUAAAUACGAUUCUGGUAGCGAGGAUCGCGGUCGAGUGAAAAAACGUGACCGUAAAAGGUCGCGCAGCCGCAGCCGUGAUCGCCGGCGUCACAGUCGUGACCGUGAUCGCCACCGUGACCGUAGCAGAGAACGCAAGUCCAGGCGGCAUCAUUCUCGUCAUCGGUCUCCGUCCAGUCCACCAUUGGUCUAUAAGUAUUGGGACGUCCCACCACCUGGAUUUGAACAUGUGACACCCGCUCAGUACAAAGCUCUCCAGGCAUCGGGUCAGAUACCGGUCAAUGUUUAUGCCGCGGGACAAGUGCCGAUGCCAGUUCACGCACCGAAUGCUCCACUAACACUCACAACGAACGUGCCGUUUGCUGGAAGUGCUGUAUGCAGACAAGCUCGUCGUUUGUACGUUGGCAAUAUACCGUUUACUGCGACGGAAGAGAAUAUGAUGGAGUUCUUCAAUAAGCAGAUGAGAGCUCAAGGUCUCAUUCAGGCGGAGGGGAAUCCGAUAAUUGCCGUGCAGAUCAACAUGGAGAAGAACUUCGCCUUCCUUGAGUUCCGUUCUGUCGAUGAGACAACUCAAGGAUUGGCGCUCGAUGGUGUAUUGUUUCAAAAUCAAGCACUGAAACUCCGUCGACCUCGUGACUAUGCUCCCCUACCCGGUGUAUCAGAGCAACCUUCUGUCAUUGUUCCUGGAGUGGUCAGUACUGUCGUUCAGGAUUCCCCACAUAAAAUAUUUGUCGGUGGUCUUCCUAACUAUCUGAAUGAGGACCAGGUGAAAGAGCUGCUGUUGAGCUUUGGCCCUUUAAAGGGGUUCAACCUCGUCAAAGAUGGUUCGACCGGUUUGUCGAAAGGUUAUGCCUUCUGUGAGUAUGUGGAUGCUAAUGUCACAGAUCACGCGUGUGCUGGUCUUAAUGGCAUGCAGUUGGGUGACAAGAAGCUGAUAGUGCAGAGAGCGAGUGUUGGUGCCAAACACACAACCAAUGUCCUACCUCAGAGUUUGCUACAACUACCUGGUCUGGAAGACGGCACAGUUCAGAACACAACUGGUUCGGGUAAUAUCACCAUCCGUAGUGGUGGACCACCGACUGAAGUGUUGUGUCUAAUGAACAUGAUCGAAACGUCAGAACUGGAGGAUGACGAUGAGUACGAAGAUAUAGUGGAAGAUGUGCGCGCAGAAUGCAGUAAGUAUGGCGUUGUUCGGAGUCUGGAGAUACCCCGUCCAAUUCCCGGAGUUGAGGUUCCUGGAGUCGGGAAAAUAUAUGUCGAGUUUGCCAGUUUGAUUGACUGCCAGAAAGCCGCGACUGCAUUGACUGGUCGGAAGUUCAACCAGCGUUUGGUUGUCACUUCCUUCUUCAACCCUGAUAACUACCACCGAAGGGAAUUUUAACCAUAUUUAACUAUGGCUGUCUUUAGUUGUAUAUAUGACACAUUUUAAACUUAAUGAAUUGACCUACAAAAAUAUCUUACAGCGAUUUAGUUUUGUCUUCUACUGUGAUUUGUAUGUGACGAGAGCUGGGGCAGUUCAACGAAGGGGUCGUUGUUUGUUGCUGUCGGUCUCCGUGUGUAUGUUGAAGUUUCGUGGGGAUGCUGUGUAUUCGCAAGUUUCGUGUAGGCUUCGUAGGUGAACGGUUUAAUUCUCCUGUAAUAUGGUAGAAUGUGCUGGAGGUUAGUGUUUUGUGCCGAGAAUUGUACAUUUCUUCCUAAUUGAUAUUUGUUCUAAGAUACUUUGUAUUUCACGAAUGCAUUUAUAGUAAUUACGUAUACUGAGCCUAAUAUUUCAGUAAGUUAUUCGUGAUAGACAAAUGCUAGGUUUUUUGUAUCGCAUUUUGACGUCUUAUGUUGAUUGUGAAAAUCGCUUUGCGUUAUGUCACAUAGGAGCCUCAGGAUGGUCGGGGGUGGGUGCCUUGCGCUGCGGGUUGGCCACCCCUCCGCACACCUCUUGAAAUCCUCCCAUAUGACCGGGCGUCUUACAUAGCCUCUCCUGAGGAAGUCCUACUCACUGCCUUCACGUGGCGGAGGUGUUUUUCACUAAAGUGAGAGGGCGAAAGCGGAUGCCCGGCGCUCUUCACCAGGUUGACUGUCCAUUGGAUGACAGUCUAGGGGAGAUGGCUAAACCCUGAUUCCAAACCUCCAACGACUGGCGUAUGAAGCUCACUGGAGCUCACCGGCAGACGUAUGGACAAAGGGCUUGUUGGAUGUCUGGCCCCAUUCAAAAAGGCGUAUGAACCGAACUCCGGUCACCGGCUGCCAAUGGAUAGUGGACUCCCUACUCCACUCCUACUGCCUUGUAGGUCACACUUGGUUGUGUAAAGGCUAGAGCUGCACUCUCAAACAAAAGGCCGAGCGAUUCUGGGGACAUCACUCGUACCAAAUUCCCAUGAAACUUCAUGAACUCUCUUACAAACGACUCUCACCAUGACGAUCUGGUCAAAUCAGUUCUUGCAUCAGAUCGCCGCUCCUGGGCAGUGAUGAUUCGAGAUGUU